AUGGAGCUUGACAAUUCAUUAUUAUCCGAUGAACCAACAAACAAAAAAUUUAUUGAAAAAGGAAAAUGUGAUUCUUUGCCCCUGUUCAUCUUCGCAUCGCUACUCAUUUUUUUUGGUAUAGCCCUGGGAUUCGUCAUCAUCAAUUGGGACUUCGACAAAUCCCUUUCUAGACCGAGACGUUAUUUGGAAACAAGCACUGAAGAAAACGCUCCGUUGAAUGUUUGCCGGAAACAAUUGGAGAACCUGCAAGAGAAGCUGAACGAUAAAACAUUUCAACUUGAACACAGAAAAGAAGAUAUUGAUAGAAUACAAAUCGAAGCUGAAACGCUGAAACAAAGAUUGUCCAAGCUUGAAGAGGAAAAGCUUGCACUACGAGAAGAAAUUGAACUCAAAAAAUUGCAAGCUGAGAAUCCUUUUGACUCCCAUCAGCUCAACAUUUCACUGUUAGCGAAGAGUCCACAUGAGCGACACGAGUUCAUCAACGAAAAAGAAAAGAAGUGCUCUACGCCUCUUCUCUCCAUUGUAAUUCUGGUGAUUUUCAGUGCCAUCGUAAUGGUGAUCAUUUUCCUCAGAUGGGACUUGAAUAACUAUCAUCCUAAAAGAAGUGAUUCGAAAACAUGUAAUCAGAAUGAUAUGUUGAAGGCUUGGCGAAUAGAAGUUGAUCAUCUGCAAGAAGAGCUGCGCGAGAAAACUUCACUGCUUGAGCUACAAGAAUUUAUGAGAAAAGACGAUAUCGAUAGAUUGCAGUCCGAAGCCAUUGUUUUGAAACAAAGGUUGUCCGAUUGUCAACGAGAUGAGCAAAAACUACCCGAAUCUCGAAAACUCAAAGAGUUGCAAGAGGGCAUCCAACUCGUGGAGAGGCUGAUAGAAAUUCAGAAAAAUCAGAGCGAUGAGUACCGUCUGGAAAAACUCUUGUCAAUGGCAAAGAAACCCUUCAAUUCUCAACAGGUUGACAAGUCUCUGCUAUCGAUACCCAAUAAACCAAUAAAUAGAGACGCUAUCAAAAAAGAAAAAUGGCAUUCGAAGCCUCUAUUCAUCUUCACAUCAAUGCUUAUUUUUGUUGGCAUAGUGCUGGGAAUCAUCAUGAUCAAUUGGGACUUCGACAAAUCCCGUUCUAGAACAAGACGGAAUUUGGAAACUUGCAACGAUCAAAACGCUACGCUGACAAUUUGCCGAAAACAAUUGGACCAUCUGCAGGAGAAGCUUCGCGAGAAAACAAAUCUAGAAGUACAAAGAAAAGACGAAAUCGAUAGAUUGCAUGUCGAAGCUGUUGUUUUGAAGCAAAGAUUAUCCGAGUGUCAAGAGGAAAAACUUGCACUACGAGAAGAAAUUGAACUCAAAAAACUGAAAGCGGCGCUUGACGUCGUGGACAAGCUGAUCGAAUCUAUUAAAAAUCAGACCGGUAGCCACCAACUGGGAGUCAAGUACCAUCAUCGAGAGUUUUCAUUCAACUACAAUUCGUCUCCAAAAGUCUCCAACAAAUUUUCUUCGAUCUCUGCAAUGUUUUUGCUCAUCCUUGUACAAGCAACAUUC